UGUAAGGAGAUGAGAUGGACAGAUUCCUGGUGAAGAGGGCUCCAGGUAGCCUUCCAGGAAAUGAAGAGGAGGAAGAGGAAGAGCAGACCGGAGGAGAGCCAGACAUGGACAGAGGAAGCAAGAGGAAGAGGCCCAGGAGAGAGUCCCCCAGCAGUGUAGCCCCCCUGGCAGCCCCAGGCUGGCAGCACAUCCGGGCCGAGGGUCUAGACUGCGAUUACAUGGUCCUGUUUGGCAAAGCCGAGGCGGAUAACAUUCUCCGGGAGCUGGAGAAGGAAGUGGAAUAUUUCACAGGUGCACUGGCCAGGGUGCAGGUGUUUGGGAAGUGGCACAGCGUGCCCAGGAAGCAGGUGACAUAUGGCGAUGCGGGACUCACGUACACCUUCUCGGGCCUCACACUGUCCCCACGGCCCUGGAUCCCCAUCCUCGAACGUGUCCGGGACCGCGUGUCUGAGGUGACGGGACACACCUUCAACUUCGUGCUCAUCAACAGGUACAAAGAUGGCUGUGACCACAUUGGGGAGCACCGUGAUGACGAGAGGGAACUGGCCGCCGGAAGCCCCAUCGCCUCCGUCUCCUUUGGGGCCUGCAGGGACUUUGUCUUCCGUCAUAAGGACUCCCGGGGCAGGAGCCCUGCCCGGCAGGUGGCAGCAGUGCGGCUGUCGCUGGCACAUGGGAGCCUGCUCCUGAUGAAGCCCCCAACCAACACGCACUGGUACCACAGCCUUCCCGUGCGCAAGAAGGUGCUGGCUCCGCGGGUCAAUCUGACGUUUCGGAAAAUCGUGCCUGCUAAGAGAUAAAAAAGGUUUGCCACCGGUUGGUCGGUAUGCUUACUUUCCCUUUCCACUUUUGGGACCUGGGGGUGCUGACAGGGAAUACAGGCAAGGUUUCAUCAAAACCAUUGACCUGGUCUCUGUAGGAUUCAGAAAGAGGAUGUUAUAAUAAAAUCAUGUUUCAGUAAUCAAAAGACGACAGCUGACCUUUUUUCUAACAAAAUGGUU